AUGGCCAGCCUGGCAGCGACGUAUUCGAACCAGGGCCGGUGGGAGGAGGCGGAACAGCUCGAGAUGCAGGUCAUGGAGACGAGCAAGACGAAGCUCGGCGUAAACCACCCCGACACGCUGACGAGCAUGGCCAACCAAGCAGCGACAUAUUGGAACCAGGGCCGAUGGGAGGAGGCGGAACAGCUCGAGGUGCAGGUCAUGGAGACGAGCAAGACGAAGCUCGGCGUAAACCACCCCGACACGCUGACGAGCAUGGCCAACCAAGCAGCGACAUAUUGGAACCAGGGCCGAUGGGAGGAGGCGGAACAGCUCGAGGUGCAGGUCAUGGAGACGAGCAAGACGAAGCUCGGCGUAAACCACCCCGACACGCUGACGAGCAUGGCCAACCAAGCAGCGACAUAUUGGAACCAGGGCCGAUGGGAGGAGGCGGAACAGCUCGAGGUGCAGGUCAUGGAGACGAGCAAGACGAAGCUCGGCGUAAACCACCCCGACACGCUGACGAGCAUGGCCAACCAAGCAGCGACAUAUUGGAACCAGGGCCGAUGGGAGGAGGCGGAACAGCUCGAGGUGCAGGUCAUGGAGACGAGCAAGACGAAGCUCGGCGUAAACCACCCCGACACGCUGACGAGCAUGGCCAACCAAGCAGCGACAUAUUGGAACCAGGGCCGAUGGGAGGAGGCGGAACAGCUCGAGGUGCAGGUCAUGGAGACGAGCAAGACGAAGCUCGGCGUAAACCACCCCGACACGCUGACGAGCAUGGCCAACCAAGCAGCGACAUAUUGGAACCAGGGCCGAUGGGAGGAGGCGGAACAGCUCGAGGUGCAGGUCAUGGAGACGAGCAAGACGAAGCUCGGCGUAAACCACCCCGACACGCUGACGAGCAUGGCCAACCAAGCAGCGACAUAUUGGAACCAGGGCCGAUGGGAGGAGGCGGGACAGCUCUUCGUGCAGGUCAUGGAGAUGCGUAAGAUCAAGCUUGGCGUGGGCCAUCCCGACACGUUAAGGAGUAUAGCCAACCUGGCAGCGACGUAUUCGAAUCAGGGCCGGUGGGAGGAGGCGGAACAGCUCGAGGUGCAUGUCAUGGAGAUGAGCAAGACGAAGCUCGGUGUGGACCAUCCCGACACGCUAAGGAGUAUGACCAACCUAGCAUCGACAUAUCGGAAGCAGGGCCGAGGGGAGGAGGCGGCACAGCUCUUCGUGCAGGUCAUGGAGAUGAGUAAGAAUAAGCUUGGCGUGGACCAUCCCGACACGCUGACGAGUAUGGCCAACCUCGCUUUUAUCUGGAAAUCUUCCGGAUAUAAUGUUCAAGCUCUCGAGUUACUGCGAGAUUGCCUGGCCAAGCAGAAACAAAUACUUGGGCCCAUACAUUACCAUACCAUGUCUAGUUCUCAAACUCUGCUGCAGUGGGAAACAGAGAUGCUGGAUAUUGGUAGGUAG